AGUAUCAAACUAAAUUUACUGUCUCAUUCUGUCUAGUAAUAUAACACCGUUGUGCUCGUUCGUGUCACAAAAAGUGAAACGAUCGAGCUAACUGCAAAGCUGCUCUGAAGGAUCUGCCGAGCCCACAUUAUCUGUGAUAUACAGCUCAGCCUCUCGUCCGUCCUAUAAGGGCUGGGCCAUCUGGGGCUAGAGGCGACUCCGCAGCAGCUUCCAGCGGUGAUCUCACCCUGCCCUCUGCCACAGAGGCACAAAACAUUGCUACCUGCUUUAUUGACUGCAUCACUACGAACCAUUGUUACUUAGUCUAUAAUUGAAACAAUAUGCAAUCUGUGAAAAUAAGUAUAAUAUUAGGUGGAUAUUGUAGAAAAUUAUUCUAUUUAUAAUAAUUGUCUGAUGUCUAAUGUUUCUGUAAUAUUAUGUGUUCCACAUUUAAUUAAGGAUAAUUGUUACUCCAAUAUUGAUACUGUUACCGAACCAAUGCAAUGUAAUUAUUCCACCUCAAUGUUGGUGGUGUACACAAAUAAAUUUGGUGCUUAUAAGCGAGUCGAAGAGAAGAAUGAAAGUCAGCAAAUUAGAGUAAAAAUGGUAGAUAAUAAUAUUUAUAAUGUAGAGUUUGUUGAUAGUAUCCAACAAAACCAAAUGAUUGGCGAUACGCCUAACUACUGCAUUCCUUUAAUGAUUAACGCCAUAACAGUCCAGGGUAUCUCAUACAGUGACCCGUAUUUCAGUAGCUUUAACUUAAACUAUAAGAUGGCGUUUGGAGCGCCAGAAUAUAUGAACAAGUCUGAUUACGCUUUUAAAUCCUCAGUUUGUAUUAUACGAGAUGAGCCUUGCAUGGAUAAGACGCAACUACUAAACAAAAAGUCUAUUCAUAAAAUGAUUUGCAAAACGAAAACUCGAAUGAUUACUUUUAUCGACAAGUGUGUAGACUCCAACCAUGACAAUAAAAUAUUGGAAGUUGGUGAAAAAGAAUCAACUCGGCCAGUAUUGAAGACAUUUGCUAAUGGCGAUAUGACAUAUGAUGCCAUGUUGCAAUUAAUAGAAAAUGAAGGAGAGAUUAUUAAAGAAAUGGCAAAGAACAAUGAUUUAGAUUCUUGGGGUGUUCCACAUCGAUUGAGGCUACGAGGUGGUGGAGAAAGCUCCCUCAAUGCAGCAAGUGGGUGGGGCAGCCCGCCUGCCUCUAAUAAUGCUGGAAAUUGGGGUGGAAAUUCUAGCGGCCAAACCAACAAUGGAACCAACAAUACUCAGCAGUGGAAUAACACUCAAAGACCACCCGCUUCACAAGCCGACAUGAACAGCAAUAAGGGUAAUGGCAAUCAAAUUCCACCGACUAGUGGGGCAUCACAAAAUUGGCAGACAUCACCUCCUAAUAUGCCAAAUGCACAAAAUAAUAAUGGUGCACCACAAAGCAAUGGCACAAGCAGUACUGCCAAUGGAACUAAUGGUGGCAAUAACCCGCCUAAUCCUAAUGCCAAUACCAACGGGGUAUCUACGGCAAAUGGAAACAAUGGCAAUAGCAAUAAUACUUCUUCAGCUAAAAUUGAGCAGUUGAAUUCUAUGAGAGAAGCUUUAUUCAGCCAAGAUGGCUGGGGAGGUCAACACGUCAACCAAGAUACCAACUGGGAUGUACCUGGAUCCCCGGAACCAGGAGCUAAGGUAGAGCCAUCAGCUGCUGGGGGACAGCCAGCCUGGAAGCCAAAUGUUAACAAUGGUGCUUUCCUUGGAACUGAUCUCUGGGAAGCAAAUCUUAGAAAUGGUGGUCAACCGCCACCUCAACCUGCAACAAAGACUCCUUGGGGUCAUACACCUACAACGAAUAUUGGUGGUACUUGGGGUGAGGAUGAUGAUACCUCAGAAUCGGCGAGCGUUUGGACCGGUGCGCCACCGCCGCAGCAAUGGCCUGCUGGACCCCCACAACAUUCUCAACAGUGGGUUCCCAAAAAGGACGAUUGGAAUGCCUGGGGAGAACCCCACAGGCCUUCCGACCCGAGACUCGACCCUCACCGUACUCCCGAUCCUCGUCAGCAACCGACGGAUCCUCGUCACGAUCUCCGCGGAGGCAUAUCCGGUCGACUAAACGGUGACAUGUGGAGUCAACACCAUCAACACCCUGGUGGCCCCAGUAAAAUGAUGCCAUCGGGAGGUGUUAACCAAUGGGGAGCCCAGGGUCCAAAGGAGGCGAUUAAAGGAUCAGGCUGGGAGGAGCCUUCACCACCGGCAGCGCGUCGCGCGGGUACCGGGUUCGACGACGGAACAUCGCUGUGGGCGCAGCGCGGGAUGGGCGGCAUGGCGCGCGGCGCCCCGCAGGGCCCGCCCGCCCCGCAGCGCAUAGCUCCAGCUCCCAGCAAGCCAGACGCAGUUUGGGGCGCACAUUCCCAGCGCAACGGAUCUUGGGAGGACUCGCACGCGGCGGCGGCCUGGGGCGAGCGAGACGUGUCCGGGUGGCCGGACGUCACCGGUCCGGCGCUCUGGCCGGUGCCCAAGCCGAAGCCCUCCGGCCCGGCCGCGGCCUGGCCAGACGACAUCGGCGAGUGGGGUGGCCCUAAACCGCCCCAGAGCGGCGCGCUCGGCAAGCAACUGCCCAAAGAGGUGGUGUGGAACAGCAAGCAGUUCAGAUACUUGGUGGAGAUGGGAUACAAGAAAGAGGAGGCGGAGGUGGCGCUCCGCAGUCGCGACAUGAACGCGGAGGAGGCGCUGGAGAUGCUGACGGCGACGCGCGGCGACGGCUGGCGGCGCGACGAGCACUUCCACCACGGCCCCUUCCAGCCGCAGCCCACGGUGCCCGUGUCGCCGGCCGUCGUGCAGAAACUGCUCAACCAACCCCCGCCGCCCUCCGUGCAGCAUCAUCCCUCCUACAACCCUAACAGCGGAACUGGUAGUAGUGGACAACCAAGUACAGCUCAGCUGCGUAUGUUGGUACAACAAAUUCAGAUGGCCGUGUCAGCUGGUUACCUCAACCAUCAGAUAUUAAAUCAGCCACUUGCACCUCAAACAUUAGUGCUUCUCAACCAGCUCUUGCAACAAAUCAAAGUGUUGCAGCAAUUUGUGCAACAGCACACCCUGGCUAUAUCGAAAGCAAAUUCAUCUCUAGCAUUGCAAUAUUCAAUGCAAAUUUCAAAGGCCAAGCAACAAAUUGCUGGUCUUCAGAAUCAGAUAACAACACAACAAGCUCUCUAUAUGAAGCAACAAGCUGGUGGUUCAGAUUUAUUCAAACAGAGCCACGACCCGCUAACUCAUUUACAGAACAAUUUCAAUGAUAUGACCAUUACUAAGGAUACUCAAUCUGCAUACAGUGCAGGUGGCCAGCAAUCUCGUUUAAACCAAUGGAAAUUGCCGUCGUUGGAUAAAGAUGGUGAAGGUAAUGACUUCUGCCGUGCUCCUGGUACUGCUAAGUCCGCUACCAGCCCACAGCUUAACCAGACUGGUCUCCAGGCUGAUACUACGUGGGGCGUGGGGCGCGGCGCGGAGGGCUGGGGGGACAGCGGCGCGGACGUGGCGGACGGCAAGGACGCCUGGCCCGCGCACGCCGCGCACCAGCCCGUCUACGACCUGGUGCCCGAGUUCGAGCCCGGCAAGCCCUGGAAGGGUAAUCAAAUGAAAAACGUCGAAGACGAUCCCGCUAUGACGCCAGGAUCGGUCGUUCGUUCGCCUCUUUCGCUCACAGCUAUAAAAGACACCGACAUGCUUGGAGGAAAGACUUCGCCACCAGGUGGUGAAAGGUCGCUCUCUUCCUCGACUUGGAGCUACGCCCCGCCUGCGACGAGCGCCGGUGGUUUGAAGCCUGCUGACGCAUGGGGGGCGAAGCCUCGGCCUGCUCCCCCAGGCUUGAACAAAUGGCCUCAGCAUCAUGUUAAUUCGCGCGCUGUGCCUUCAUGGCAAGCGUCUACUUGGCUGCUACUAAAGAACCUCACUGCACAGAUCGACGGGUCAACCCUGAAGACGCUCUGCGUGCAGCACGGGCCGCUGCAGAACUUCCACCUCUACCUUAAUCAGGGGCUCGCUCUGGCGCGCUACUCCACACGGGAAGAGGCCGCCAAAGCUCAGAUGGCUCUGAACAACUGUGUGCUGAGCAACACGACGAUCUUCGCCGAGUCGCCGGCCGAGUCGGAGGUGCAGAUGAUUUUGCAGCAUCUGGGGUCUGGAGGGGGCGGAGCCUGGCGCGGGGGAGGCACUAAGGACGGCUGGGGCGGCGCCUUCCCGGGGCUGUGGCCGGAGCAGCACGAGCAACGCGCCACGCCUUCGUCGCUCAACUCGUUCCUGCCGCCGGACCUGCUCGGCGGGGAGUCCAUCUAG